UUAAAAGACAACUCGAACGCGUCAGAGAGUAAACAAAUAUCCGAGUCAGUUCGCGCUCAGCUGCUGCCUUUUAAUUCCUACAGGCUGCAAGGUCUCUUCCCCCACAUGUCUCUCCCGCCCACACAUUCCACCCCUUCGAAAUGAAGCCGCAUUGGAUCUUGACUGCUUUGACGGGCCUUGCGAUCGUCUUUAACGCAGAGGCGUCUGUCUCCAUUGGCGUGGCGAGUAUUGGCAUCGUGGGGUCGGCCCUCUAUGCUGGAUUUGACAGGGUGCGAUGUGCCUUCUACGAGUGCUGCUCCCCCAGGUCCAAGUGGACCAAAUUGAACGUGACAGCUCUGAAUCUAGCCUUCAGUGAGAACUUGUAUGGCCAACAUUUGGUUCAGACUGUCGUCCCCAGAGCUCUAAAAAGUCAUCUUGGCCAAGAUCAACCUAAUAAGGCUUUAGUCAUGAGCUUUCAUGGAUGGACAGGGGGUGGCAAAAACUAUGUAGCCAGAUUCAUUACUGACAGCUUAUAUAAGCUUGGUACAAGGAGCCAGUAUGUUCAUUUUUUUGUGAGCACUAUUCAUUUUCCACAUAAAGAACAAUCAGAUAUAUACAAGUUACACUUACAAGAUUGGAUACGUGGAAAUGUAAGCAAGUGUGAGAGGUCUCUCUUCAUCUUCGACGAGAUUGAUAAAAUGCCUGUCGGUAUGAUUGAUGGAAUCAAGCCUUUUAUCGAUUACCAUGAAAACAUUGACGGAGUUGAUUUCAGGAAAUCUAUCUUUAUAUUCUUAAGUAACACGGGUGGUCCUGAGAUAACGAGGCUAAUGUUAGAGAUGUGGCGGAAAGGGAAAAGCCGGGAAGAAAUCACAAUGGCCGAUAUGGAGCAUUUAAUUGAGCGUGGAGCAUUUAGUGAAAAAGGUGGAUUACACAAGAGUGAGCUCAUACAACACAGUUUAGUAGAUUUCUACGUACCCUUUCUUCCACUGGAACGAAGGCACAUUGAGUUUUGUAUACGGGAUGAGGUUAAGCGACGUGGUCUUAAAGGAAGCAAGGAGUUUAUUAAGGUUGUUGCUGAUGAGAUGACAUAUUUUCCUCCUGAGAACCAGCUGUUUUCAACUACCGGCUGCAAAAGAGUAUCGCAGAAAGUUUCGUAUCACAUUGCAAAUGAGAUGUACGACGUUCUUUUUGAUUAAUCAUAAGGGUAUUACUCAAGAUCAUCCUAUUGUGGGCAUGAUCCCUGUCGUUUAUUUACGGGAUAUUUCUCUUCUUUAUGGGGAGAAAUCUUGAAGAUAUUACGGUACAGUACAUAAUUAUGUAAAUGAAAGUCUCAGAGAAUUCUCUGAGCUUUUUACAUACAGACUUGACUGAAGGCCAGCUGGAGUUAUUUUAUUGUGAUAUUAGAUUUUAUGUUUAAGUUUUGUAUGUAGGGAUUGUUUCAGUGUGCUUUUGUAAGCAGUUCUUACAUAUAAUAAGUGGAUAGUUUGCUAUUGCAAGCUUGGGAGGACCUAAAUGAAGUGUGAGUUGACGAAUGAUGAAUAGUCACAUUUAGAAAUAUGUAACGUGAAUGACAGAGGUGACCAGUCUGGUAUAACCAUUUUUCAAGAGAGAACAUAAACUAUUCUCCAGUCACAGUUGCUGGUUGCUUUGAAGACAAUUGCAGAAUGAGACAAAGUAUAUUUUUAAACUGCAUUAAUUUUCUCUAAACUUGCUGAUUGCUCCGUGCAUGUAUGCACUUGGAUUUUUUGGGUAAUAAUUCAUGUCUGUGCCCCAAUGAUGUUCCAAAAGUCUGGUUGCUUAAUGUUGUGGUUGUUUUUUAUAUGAAUUUGUAUAUUUUUGUUUGUAUAUAAUUAAAUGAAUCUUCUUCUGGUGUAACUUCUGUGGGGCACAUACUCUAACCCUCUUGGAGUCAUUUUGUGUGAUCAGUAUUCUGGUUAUCAGAUUUUGGAAACAAAAGCCGGGAAAGUAAUUUUUGUUAGAAUCUUUGACAAUUUUCUUGAAGUUUUUUGAGAAUUUAAGUUGUAAUUCAUGAAGUGCAAACCCUGUCAGAGCAGUUACUGAGUGGUCUGCUAAAACUUUUUUAUAGUAGUAACAGGAAUUUUAUCCACUAAAUAAAUUAGCCUUGAUAAAGCCACUCAAGUAAUUUUGCUAAUUCUGUCAUUGAAAAUUCAUGCUGAACCUGAAACCAGUGUUUGUGGUUGUACUCAGGAGAUUGUUUGGUACAUACUAAUCAGUAUCUUCAAAAGUACAGUAUGCAAAUAGUAUGUAGAGUAUUGGCAUGUAGUCUCCAAGUAAGUUAGGAGGUGUCAAGGAAAAGGAUAUGUAUGUUGACUCGUGCAAUUGUAACUGGCUAAGAGAAGCUUUUGUUUUCUGUGCCUAUGCCCUUGAGAGGAAUGUUUCGUGUCUUUUUACAAUACAGGUGUUAUAUCAGUUAUAAAGUUUUAUGAAUUAUUUCUUGGCUCUCUAGAAGUGAUGGUAAUCAUUUUUUCCCUUAACUGUUUUUAAGAUUUUGUAACUGUGAUAAUCCGAGUUUCACCCCAGCCUGUUUGUUAUCCUACAAUAGUGUACCAACUAGUUAUUUUCAGUAACAGAAUUCCAUCCUGCCUGUAUCUUGUCUGAAACAUAUAUCUUUUUUUUUUUUUCCAAAAAUAUUUACAAAGUGCCUUUCUGAAAGAUUUCUUCUUAUAAAUGCAGGUACAUAUAAUUAAAAAUAUUUACACCAUUGAUAUAUGGCAUAUCUUUCUUUAUUGAUGCAAAGCUACAAGGUUUGGUGGUGUGGAAUGUUAUCGUGUUUCAAGGUAAGCUCCCUCUUAAGUGAAGAUAUUUGUUGAGUAUUUUCUCUUUCCAAAGUGAAUUGUUGGCCCAGUUAGAGCCAACAUUCCUGUAAGGAUGCUGAUGUAAUGUUGCCUGCAACAUACCUUGAUUGUCAAACUAGCUGGAACCAAAGGUUCUUUGCAGCAUUCCGUAGGCCUCCUGAUGCUGGAUGUUUUCAUACCUGCCCUACUUCUGUACAUCUGUCACCAUUUUGCCUCUACGUAGUUGUCCAAUGCCUAUAACCUUACCUUGCUGCAAUUUUCAUGCCUCGGCAAAGAACAAAUCCUCUAGGAGAGUUCAGUAGUCUAGAAAUGUGACUGUGGUGGUGUGCAGUUAUUUAAUGAUAGAACUGCACAGUAUUUGAGUUAUAGAAAAUAUCGAAUUACAGGUUAAAAAUCCACAGGGCAGGUAAAUGUGAUGGUUGCUGCAUGUUAAGAUUUUAGUUCCCAAAGUCAGUUAGCUUUUUAAGAAAAGUAGAGAUGUUUAUAUCGUUAUAAAUAUGUUGACCGAGACCAUUUUGAGUCACAGCACUGGGUAUGGAAAUAGAUUUGUAUAUCAUUAGAAGGCAGUUGACAUAUCACCAAGACAAAUAAUAUAAUUUGACAGCCAUUAUGAGUAUCAAUGGUACUUGUUAGACUCAAUAAGCUUGUAAUAUUGUGUCAGAGUAAAAGGUUUAGUGAAACUAAUGGCAGGUGUAUCAGAAUUAGUGAUCAGUGUUUAUGCCCUUUAAGGGUUAGCCCUGACGCCCUUACCAUUUAUCAUAACCAUAGAGGAGGGAGAAGAGGUAGAAGUGUUUAGGACAGUAGGCGGGAGGAGAUGAGAAAAUUCAAAAUCGACAUAAAUGAAACAAAGGUUAGUGGGAACAAAAAUGUACUGUAUGGAUAGUGUGGGAUAUGUAUUGUUGGCAAAUUUUUUCUACUGUAUUUUGUGUCCAGGUUAGAAUUCAACCAGAAUGUGCACAAGAAAGCAAUAGGGAAAAAAACUUAAGACAUUAUUGGCAGUGAGAUGAACUUGUAGUACUUUGAAUGCUUUAGCAUAAUUUACUCAAUUACAUCUUGUUUUUCGAACAGUUUCAGUUCUUGAUUACAGGGAUGCAAUAUACUGAUAUCAUUUUUGCAAGGAACUGUUCAGACUUAUUUUUGAUUAUCACCACAUUUUGGAGGGUUGCUUAUCAUGGCCUCUCCUGCCUUUAGUCAUGUAAAGGUAAGGUUAUGCAAAUAACUAUUGUACAUGUGUAACAAAUGAAUGAUCAGCCAUAGUUUUAAUUAGAAAUUUAACAUUUCAGUACAGUGAAUGGUUAGGUUUGAAUUCAGUGUGUUGCAUGAUGGCUAUUGUACAGCACAAGUUUUUAAAUACUGUAUUUAAAAUUACAAUACUGUUGGUGGGGUGGGGGUCUGAAAAUUGUAGAGAUGUGGCAUAAAUAUUGACCAGUUAGAGGUUUGUAGGUGAGUGGAAAAUGUUAAGAGGUUUGUAGUUAAGAGUGGAAAAUGAAGACAAUUUUUCCACAUCUAACACACCUCCCCCUAAAUGGAUUGCUCAGUAUAAAAAUUGUUUGGUGAUAGCGUUGUGGCGUGGGUCUUUAGCAGUCCUUUCAAACUUGAGCAAGUUACUUGUGCAUAACCGAGUAACUUUAAUUCAAAGUACUAGUGUGGCACUGAUACAGCAUCAGUUGGUCUGAGAGGUCUGUAUCAAUUCCCAUAUGUUUGUAAAGUUAUAGAAUAGGCAUGAUUUAGUUUCCUAGUUUAUAUACUGUACCCCAGUUUCAGGCAGAAUCACAUGAUCUUUUUUCUUUAAUUGUUAUGUAUUGUAGAAAACAAUGAGCUCAGUUCUUGCAGUUUUUCAGAAAGUUGUCAGUGUGGUAAUCUGACAAAAUAAUGUAUAUUUGUAUCAAUGUAAUAUUCUGAUAGAUGCCCUUAUUGGGCAUACAACAUUUCACAAAAUCUAGUCGUUCUGAAGCAGUAGCAUAAUUGAUUGAUGAGUCAAUAACAUCUGCAGUUCUCUGGAUAUUUUUUUAAUAUAUUUUGUAACAUUUUCAUCUUACUCAUAUUUUUUUUUUAUCAUAUGUCUGUUAAUUUCCCCUGUCAAGACUAGGAAUCAUUUCAUGUCUAACUUUUCAUUUCAAUAGUGUAAUUUUAUUUCAAGAUGAAGGGAUACCAAACACCUUUGAUGGUCGAUAUGUAAAUGAAAUACAUCAUUCAUGAUUAUUUCCGAGCUUGAAAUACAGUAUGAAGGUUGUCUUCAUUUUUAGCACACACGUGAAAAUGUGGCAUUCUGCUAUUUUGAAACCCUUAAUAAUACACUAAAUAUUUUAUUUAAUAUAACUGUGAAACCUGCAAAUCCAACUUCAGUUUGUAUAAAUUACUAGGUAUUAGUUUUAAGUAUAUUUUAAUACUGUGUAACUGGCAUCUUGUAAAUAAAAACACAUUAACAA